UUUUUUUAAAUAUUAAUAAGUAUUAAUUAGCCAUCAUGUUACAUCAAGCUACUGUAUCGGACACAAAUUUCGAUCUAACUGCUUUCUGUUUGUUCGGUGCUAUUCUCAUUGCUCUUUUAUUCUUUUUCUGGUUGUAUCGCCGUGAUACAAUUUACUUAAAUGAAAAGAAAUUAAAGUUGGAAAAAAGAAGACAAGAAGCUACUUUGGAAGCAAAGAAGCUUGUCUCAGCAACAAAAAACAUGGGACAUAAAAAUAAUGGAAAGAAAAGAAGACCAAGUAAAGGAGAUUCCAAAAGAACAUUCGAAAAUUUGGAAACCAAGAAGUUUAACAAACAAAAGCUGAAGACUUUAAAUUCAAAGAAAUCUAGUGAGAGUUCUAAUUCAGAAUUUAUAUUUUCCUUAUCGGAUUCAUCUGAACUACUUUUAACUUGA